CCUCUCUUGCUCUUCCUUCAUCUCUUCCUCUCACUCACUCCCUCUCAACCCCACUACACAAUGAGCCAGCCCCAGUUCUUCGAGACCAUCUCCAAGUCGUUCGUCGACGUCCCCGUCACUGAGGCCGGCGUCGACACGGCGUCCUUCCUCGAGGCCGCCGAGAACCUCGUCAAGAUCUUUGGCCUCUUUGGCAACCCCGCCUUCGCGGUCGUCCAGAACGACAUCACGGGCAACAUCAACAAAGUCCGCACCUUCUUCCUCGCCAACCCCACGGACGCGGCCACGCUCGAGUCGCUGCUCGCGCACGACAAGGCGAUCCACCCCAAGCAGAAGGACCGUGUCGCGACCGACGCCCUCAUGUGGCUGCUCCGCGGCCUCAAGUUCACCGCUCUCGGCCUGCGCCACAACGUCGACGUUGUGGAGGAGGAGCUCAGCGUGUCCUUCACCAAGGCGUACGAGGGAAGCUUGAAGAAGUACCACGGUAUGAUGGUCCGCCCGGUGUUCUACCUCGCGAUGAAGGCAUGCCCGUACCGCGCGACCUUCUACCCCAAGCUCGGCGAGCCCCAGGAGGAGGUGCUCCCCAAGCUCCAGGCAUGGCUUUCGGCCCUCGAGGCCAUUGUCGAGCGCGAGUCCAAGGUCUUCAAGGACCAGGGCUACGGCGAGAUCUAAGCCCCUCAAACCGGCUGGCCACGGACACUCACUACAUAGCCUUAUCUUGCGCCUAGACUAGACCUCUUUCACUGACGUGGCGCAUGGGGCGUUGCAUGCACGACACGUUACUCUGGAA